UUGGUGCUUCACAUUCUUGUAUCCUCUCUCUCCCUAACUAUGGCUGCCACUCUAGCAACCCUUCAAUUUUCCUCUCCAUAUCCCCAAACCCAUCACUGUUUUACCAACAAAUUCAAGCUCAAAUCUCCUUUAAUCUCCAAACCAAAUCGAACCUAUCGGAACUGUGGGAUUAAAUGUUCGUAUUCAAAUGGGAGAAAGCCUGAUUCGAGUAGCGAUGAAAAGAGCCCGGAGAUGCUCCGGGAAGAGAAACGGCGAGCGGAGUUGUCGGCUCGAAUUGCUUCCGGUGAAUUCACGGUUGAAAAGCCUGGUUUUGGAUCGUUGUUGGUGAGUGGUUUGACAAAAUUGGGUUUGCCGAAGGAGUUUGUUGAAUCUUUAUCUCAAUGGAUAAACUCCGGUGAAGGUUACCCAAAGGUUCCAGAGGCAAAAGGAGCAAUUAGUGCCAUUCGUAGUGAGGCCUUUUUCAUCCCCUUGUAUGAGCUUUUUCUUACUUAUGGUGGAAUUUUCAGGUUGACUUUUGGUCCAAAGUCUUUUCUGAUCGUAUCUGAUCCCAUCAUUGCGAAACGCAUAUUGAAAGACAAUUCCAAGGCGUAUUCGAAAGGUAUUUUGGCCGAAAUUCUAGAAUUUGUAAUGGGAACCGGACUAAUUCCGGCGGAUGGGGAGAUAUGGCGAGUUAGACGACGGGUUAUAGUUCCCGCACUACAUCAAAAGUAUGUAGCAGCGAUGAUUGGCUUGUUUGCACAAGCUACCGAUCGGCUGUGCAAAAAACUUGAUGCUGCUGCGUACAAUGGUGAGGAUGUGGAGAUGGAAUCGCUUUUUUCACGUUUGACGUUAGACAUUAUCGGGAAAGCAGUAUUCAAUUACGAUUUUGAUUCGUUGACGACGGAUAACGGAAUUGUGGAGGCAGUAUACACGGUUUUGCGAGAAGCGGAAGAUCGAAGCGUGUCGCCGAUUCCGACUUGGGAGAUUCCGAUAUGGAAAGACAUCUCACCAAGGCAGAAGAAGGUCAACGAAUCCCUUAAGUUGAUCAACACAACCCUUGAUGAUCUAAUUGCAAUAUGCAAGAGGAUGGUUGACGAAGAAGAGGUAGAGUUCAACGAGGAAUACAUGAACGAAACUGAUCCCAGUAUUCUCCAUUUCUUGUUGGCAUCAGGAGACAAUGUGUCGAGCAAGCAACUCCGAGAUGAUCUCAUGACGAUGCUUAUUGCAGGACACGAAACAACCGCAGCAGUAUUAACAUGGACCUUUUAUCUUCUUUCCAAGGAGCCGAGUGUCGUGUCCAAGCUUCAAAACGAGGUUGAUGCGGUUCUAGGUGAUAGGUUUCCAACCAUCGAGGACAUGAAGAAACUUAAGUACACGACUCGAGUGAUCAAUGAAUCGUUGAGGCUCUACCCACAACCACCGGUUUUGAUUCGGCGUUCCCUUGAAGAUGAUGUUCUCGAUAAGUAUCCAAUUAAGAGAGGUGAAGAUUUUUUCAUUUCGGUUUGGAAUCUUCAUCGCUCUCCUAAGCAUUGGGCAGAUGCAGAUAAAUUUAAUCCCGAAAGAUGGCCGUUAGAUGGACCAAAUCCCAACGAGACAAACCAGAAUUUCAGUUACUUGCCGUUUGGUGGCGGACCAAGGAAAUGUGUUGGUGACAUGUUCGCUUCGUUUGAGGCCAUAGUUGCGGUGUCGAUGCUUGUUCGUAGAUUCAACUUUCAAAUGGCACUCGGAGCACCACCGGUCAAAAUGACGACAGGAGCAACUAUUCACACGACGGAAGGUUUGAACAUGACGGUAACACGAAGAAUGAAGCCUCCAAUUGUUCCUACGUUGGAGACGCAAAAUUUGGAAUCGUCAGAAACUGUUCCUAAAGCUGAUCCGGUUGUUACUUAAGACAUGAUGUCUUCCGCCUCAUUCUUUCCCAUUACACGAUAUAAAACGAAAUAGGAAGAAGAAAAAAGAAGGUAUAAUACACAAUGCUCCAUAGCUUUACGACUUCCGGUUUCAUAGCGACACCAUCUCAACCAGCAAAAGCGAAAAAAGGAAGUGCUUUGCUUGGUUGAGUGAUGCAUUUUUAGUACAUAUUGCAGUAGAAAUGGGUUGCUUGUAACGGGUGAGUCGAAAUAUCUGUUUUAUAGUUUAUGUAUGUAAUUCGAUAUUUUUAGUCAUUCAUCCGUAUACCAUGGUUUUAUUUUCGUUUAGGCAUUUUAUCGAACACCUGUGUUGCAUGGUAUCAGUAUGACUUCUACAUGCAAACGAACUUGAUUCAAAUUUUGAUGUAUUUAUGAUUUCAAGCUUA